AGCAAACACUCAAAACAAGGCCCUAAUCUGAUCAUCGUUCCCAGUUGGUGUAAGGGUUCCAUUGCAACACCUUGCUUUUCAGACCAUUGCCAACAUCAUGGGCCCGACACCUAAUAGCUGCCCCUGAUGCUGAUGCCGACUCGAAUAUACUUUCCUCUGUUCUUCCAAAAUUCCCUUCUCUUUUCUCCAACUCUUAUCUUGAUCCCCGUUUCUUUCUCUUUUUCUCUGUCUACUCUCCUUUUCCACCGCCGCGGCUGAUUCUUCCCUUCUUCUUUUCCCUUCAUCUAUCUCUUUCUGUCGAGUUAUGGAGUUUUUUCUUGAACUUGCGCUAACCAUUAGUCUUCCUCUUCUUAUUUCCCUUUUUGUUAGUAAGUUUCUCUCCAGGGGAUCAACAGAUGAAGAAUUGGCACCGUUUGGUUUUGAUUUCGGAUUUGGAUCGCGAAUUCGUAAUCUGGAAAGUGAUAAACCUAGCGUUGUCGUUGAAGAUUUUGUCGGUGAGGAGGAGAUUGUAGAAUGUGAACCGAAACAUGGUAAUUCCACAGGAGUACUUGAAUCGAGAGAUGAAACUAAGAGUAAAUGCAAUGAUGCAGUGAUUGACUCUGUGAGGAUUGUUGAUGAAAGAGUAAAGAGUGACUUUGAUAAUAGUGGUGGUGAUUGCGGCGGAGAGGUCGGAGAGAAGGUGAUCGAUGAAAGUUCUGUUAGGGCGAGGAGGGAGGAAACUGAAAUCAAUCGGGAUGAGGAAGACGUAUGCGAAGGCGAUGGAGUUGAGGCGGUUGAGAGUGAUCGGAGCAAGGAAUCCGGUGGAGUAAGCGAUGGAGGAUCGGCGGAGGAGAUUGCCGUCGAGGAUGACGAUUGGGAGGGAAUUGAAAGAACUGAAUUGGAGAAGCUAUUUGAAGCCGCGGUGGAGAUUGUGAAGAUUCAUGAUAACGAUGAUCCCAAAUUUGGCGGUGAAUUGAAGAUGCGGCUGAGCGGGCUUCACAAGAUUGCCAUGGAAGGGCCUUGCAGAGAACCGUCGCCAAUGGCUCUGAAGAUCUCUGCUCGAGCCAAAUGGAAUGCCUGGAAGCAGCUGGGGAACAUGACCCCCGAGAUGGCUAUGGAAAGCUAUAUAAACCUUGUUUCUGAGAACAUUCCUGGUUGGACGCCCAGAAUCACUCCGGUAAAUAGUGAUCAAAAUGCUUCUCAUUCUCACAAGACUGAAAAACUAGCUUCUGAAACGAAACCACUUUAACAAGGGGAAAAAGCUCAACCGUGCGAUGAAACUCGGUGAUGAGGAAGCUCUAUGGUGUAAGAUUUAGUUUAUCCUAAGCUUUGGUUCUUUCUUGGCCAUUUAGCCAUUUUCAUAUGGUUUGCAUUUUAGAGAACCUGGCUGUAACAUAAUUUAUUUUUAUCCAUGAAAAUCCUGGCGUUCUUGUAAAUAGCAAUUUGAAGUUAUUUUUCCAAGGUAUGAGGCUGUAAAUUCCAAAUAAUUCCUCUACCACUGUAAGUUUGGAUUGAUAUGUGAAAAUAAAUUGAAUCA